CAAAAGCGUAAAGGCAGCAUUCAAUAUUAUCUAUUUCGAACUAAAAUUUGUGCCAAAAAUGGCUAUAAAAUAAAAUAAGUAUUCAAAUUUCCCACUGAUUAUUAAACCAAAUGUCGCUAGUGUCGUUUUAUCUAUAGUUGUGUGACCUUGACACUUAGAAAAACAGCUGUUAACCACUCUUUAGGCGUCAAAAACUUAGCUGUUACUCAAUUAAUAAUAAAAAACGAAGAAAUGAAACCACAAGGCCCGUGAGCCCCAAAAUAACCAAGUAAAAACUAAACGUCAAACCGCCAUUUUGGCCAACAUCCAACUUCGCGUUUGUGUCAAAGGAAAUGGCAAUUUUAAACUGCCCCCUGUGCUGUCACGAGACAUUCGAGACGGCGGCCACUCUCAAAAACCAUAUUUUGACCAUUUUGGAUAAUUUGCUAUGUCCCACAUGCGGCAAAAAAUUCGAAAAAUUGGCCGAUUUGGCCCAACAUUUGGACGACAACGACUGUCAAGGGGGCGACGCCCCAGCCGAGGGACAGUACUACUGCCAAAUGUGCGACCUGCAUUUGGACGACAUCGACGAACACUUGCGCCAAAGUCAUGAGGGCCAGGAAAUACUUCUGGAAGAAGAGGACGCCGAUUGCGGGGAAGUCCCGCUAGACGGAACCACGAUUUUCGUCCUAAACCCGGAUGAGCCCGACCUGGAGGGGGAUCCCCUCACCGGGGAUUCCCUCCAGGUUCCACCUUUGAAAAAAUCGGCAACUGUGGGCCAGGUGGACGUAAAAGACAGAGACGGCCGUCCAUACACCCGAAAAUUCGUAAAAAUCGACAAAUUCUGGAUGCAAGACGACGCCAAUGCAUCAGAACCUCCGAACACAGAGCGCUUGAUCGAGAUCAGUAAAUGCGACGAAUGCGACAUGUAUGUCCCGCAUUUGGACGGUGUUUACCAACCUCACGAGUGCAAAAAACCCUCCAAUCCAUUGGAGAUUUACAUUUGCGAGGUUUGCAACACCAAUUUCCCGACGUUCAAGUCGCUCCGCCUCCACCGGCGCAUGCACGAGCCAAUCAAAGCGCGCCACGCGGACACGCCGGCCAAUCACGACGAGGAGGUGCGGCCAAUGUUCAUUUGCAAAAUAUGCAACAAAACGUACGAUAAAGAGUACGAAGCGGUUCAUUUGGAGUCGCAUCGCCCGGAAAACGGCUUCAAUUGCGACAUUUGCAACCGGAAGUUCCACACGAAAUCUAACCUCGAAAUGCACAUCAAGGCCCACUCGAAUAACAAAAAAUUCACCUGCUCCUAUUGCAAAAAACCCUUCGUUACGUACGACGCCCUCAACGAACACUUACUCAACCAGUGUCAAAAAAGGGCAUAUGCGUGCCAGUUCUGCGGCCGAAGGUUCGCGAGGCCGCACGAGAAAGUCAAACACGAGCGAAUCCACACCGGGGAAAAACCGCACGUGUGUGAAAUUUGCGGCAAGGCGUUUCGGGUCAGCUACUGCUUGACCCUUCACAUGCGCACCCAUUCGGGCACCAGGCCCUACCAGUGCACCCAUUGCGGGAAAAGGUUCAAGUCGCACAGCGUCUACAACCACCACCUGCUCACGCAUUCGGACGUAAGGGCCUACCAAUGCCCUUACUGCCCCAAGGCCUUCAAAACGGGGGUGCAACUCGCUGGCCAUAAAAACAGUCACACGAAACCGUUCACUUGCACCGAAUGCAAUCGGCCCUUUGCGUCCCUUUACUCGGUAAGGGCCCACAUGGAGUCACACAAAACCAACAAUAAUCUGAAAUAUGAGUGCUGGAUGUGUGGCGCGCUUUAUUCGAGGGCCUUUGCCUUGAAGGACCAUUUGAAGCAACAACAUGAACAAGAGGGCGAUAAGGGGAAGGGCGAGUCGGGGGCGGAUGAGGAGUUGGAAGCCGCCAGCUCGAUACUUGUCAACGAGGAGGAUAUUAUCCUGGGGUUGGAGGCCGCCCCCAAUAUCGAAAUCAUCGAGGGGGAGGAGGGGGUUUAAUCUUGUUUUUGUGUUAAUCAGUUUAAUAAAUGUUUUACAAUU